GGCUCUUAAAGGGGCCGCGGUGCGGCCUGGCUCGGGCGGAGCCGGCGGGUCCCGCAGCCGCAUGAGCCGUGCGCGGGGGGCGCUGUGCCGGGCCUGCCUCGCGCUGGCCGCGGCCCUGGCCGCGCUGCUGCUACUGCCGCUGCCGCUGCCCCGCGCGCCGGCCCCGGCCCCGGCCCCGACCUCGGGCCCCGGCCCGCGCGCGCCCCCUGCCCGACACGCCACCGCCCCCCGCCUGCGGCCGGACGACGUCUUCAUCGCGGUCAAGACCACCCAGAAGAACCACGGGUCACGCCUUGGGCUGCUGCUGCGCACCUGGAUCUCCCGGGCCCGCCAGCAGACAUUCAUUUUCACCGAUGGGGACGACCCCGAGCUACAGCUCCAGGGAGGCAGUCACGUAAUCAAUACUAACUGCUCAGCCGUGCACACCCGUCAGGCGCUGUGUUGCAAGAUGUCAGUGGAGUAUGACAAGUUCAUCGAGUCUGGACGCAAGUGGUUCUGCCAUGUGGAUGACGACAACUACGUGAACCCCAAGGGCCUGCUCCAGCUGCUGUCCACCUUCUCGCCCAGCCAGGAUGUCUACCUGGGGCGGCCCAGCCUCGACCACCCCAUCGAGGCCGCCGAGAGGGUCCAGGGAGGUGGAACUGUGACCACCGUCAAGUUCUGGUUUGCUACCGGUGGGGCCGGGUUCUGCCUGAGCAGAGGCCUCGCUCUUAAGAUGAGCCCCUGGGCCAGCCUGGGCAGCUUCAUGAGCACGGCUGAGCGAGUGCGGCUGCCGGACGACUGCACAGUGGGCUACAUCGUGGAGGGGCUCCUGGGCGCUCGCCUGCUGCCCAGCUCACUCUUCCACUCCCACCUGGAGAACCUGCAGAGGCUACCGCCUGACGCCGUGCUACAGCAGGUCACCUUGAGCUACGGGGGUCCCGACAACCCACGUAACGUGGUGAACGUGGCGGGUGGCUUCAGCCUGCAGCAGGACCCCACUCGGUUUAAGUCUGUCCACUGCCUUCUCUACCCGGACACAGACUGGUGUCCCGCACUCGAGCAGAACGACCUCAUCUCUCGGUGACCCUUGAUUCCCACCCCAGGGAGCAGGAGCUUUGCUGACCCCUCCUGGCCUUGGCUCUCUCAGGCGGCCACAGCCAUAUCUGGGGCCACAGCCACAUGUGGGCGCCCUGCAGGCCUCCCCCGGAGCCCUCGGCGGGCUGGGUGACCAGGGGUCCCGGCUGCGCCACAUGCAGGCUGCCCCAGAAAGUGGGAGGGGGAGACGCUGCCCCUCCUCCCUGCCCUCCUCCCCCCGCUGGAGAGGGGGUUCCAGGAUGAGUGGGCUCCAGGCCAGGGUCACGUGCAGGAUCGGUCACCUGACCACAGGCGAGCGCAGGGGCUUUCCCCACAGGUCUCUCGGGGAGGGCCCCCCAGGCUCAGUGCCACGCUCGGGGCGUUUCCGUCUGGAGGCCGCUUCCUUGGGGGGCUCUUGGCCAAGGCUUUCUCGUUUCUCCACUCCGACUCCCACUCAGUACCUCACCCCGCCCCCCACCCCGUCCCCCAAGCCCCACCAAGUCCAGAAAGCAGCAGGAGCCUCUUGUUUGGGGCUCUGUCUGCUGUGCGGCAUCUGCAUCCCAGUGGAUGACCCGCCCCGACUAUGCCUUUCCCCGGGGGAGAGGCUGGAACUCGGAGCCGGUACCUCCAUUCUGGCCCCUUGCUGUGCUGUUGCCAUAAGUGAAUAAAGGCUUGACUGUCACUUCCCUGUCA